UGUAACAUACACUUUGAAACAUUCUAAAACAGAUACGAAACGAGUCAAGUUUUUCUGCCCCGUGUUACUCGAGAUUGUGAAUAUCGUCGUCGACAUGAAAGAAUCUUUAUGCACCAUGCUAGUUUUUCUUGUAGUUUCAACUUCACUCAAUCACGCGCAGGAAUUUAAAAUGAACGUGAGACGAUCGUCCGGAUUGGUGCCUUUCCCAAGGACCGGAAGACACCUCGCGAUGGCCAGCUUUGCACGAUCGGAGGGUAAUUCCGGUUUGGUGAACUUUCCACGAGUCGGUCGAUCGAGAUCCACCGCUUCGGUUUCCAGUUUCGCUCCCAGCGGCGCUCGAGAAUUCGAUUCAAAACCUCAUCCCGAUAGGGAUUUCGAUCUUGAGAAUUUGGAUGAUUUUGAUUACAACAAACAUUAUCCCAGCGAAUGGGAAGAAUCUGGAAAAUGCUACGAGGAACUGAAAAAUGACUUGUGGCUCGGAAAUCAUCCGAACAGUGACUUAAAAAAAGAACACCGUCAUUCGCACCGAUGUAAUCAACAGACUGACGGACCUUGGGCAUUACUUUUUGCCACGCGAGAAAUGACGAAUUUGAACCAGCAACCGGUACACAAUUUUAUACCUCGACUUGUACGGGAGGUGGAAAACGAAGCUGCCACUACGGGUAACAUAAUAUCGUAAAUGUAAGCAUAAAAAUGAUGUUACGAACACGGUGACGUCGUCAACUGUAUGCAUAUAAAUAUAUAAGUUUAUGUAUUUGUAUGCAUGUACGAAGAUAGCGUUUGACCGUUAGCGUUUGACAUCAUUGGAUACAGAAGAAAUUUGUGAGAAUUGGCUUUCGAAAAUUGGUUAUCUCGGUAAACGAAAAAAAACGUGUGAACCUUGUGUAUUCAUCGACCUGUUGUUUGUGCCGAUAGAAUCGAAAACUUUAUAUAUCGACCGAGCCUCGUUUAUUUCACCCCUGUCAUCAUAAAAGGGGUGGUUGUUGCCCCCCCCCCCCUUUUCUCCCGUCCAAUGGAACACUUGUCACGUAUAAUCACCGCGACUACUCGCCUCGUAUGGAGCGUCGUAAUUAAAACGAGUGGAGCACGGAUUUUGGAGAUUCGAGUAUACGCGCAAGCUCGAAAAACGAGUCUAUCUUUGAGGACAGACGGCAUUGAUACCCUCUAAAAAGUGAUGUCCCUAUUAACAGUGAUAACUGCGAACCCGAAAAUGUAUGGAUGGCGAAAGAAUCAGGCGGGAAAGGAAAAUAGUAUAAAUGGGAAAAGUGGUAUACUGAUA